AUGGCAGGUCAAAGGAAGAUCAUAAUUCAGGCAAAAACAACAAUUUUCAUCUUCUUUCUUCUUAUUAAUAUCGUUUCAUCAGAAAUAAAUUGGAAGCUGAGAAGCCUUCCACCUGCACAUUACAUCUUUAACAUUCAAAACUUCUCUUUGCUUUCCGAUGCGAAAGCCGAGUCCUUCCACUCUGCUGAUUUUGAAGUUGGCGGCUAUAAAUGGAAGUUGUCCUUGUAUCCUGGAGGAAACAAGAAAAAAAAUGGGGAUGGAUACGUAUCUUUAUAUCUAGUACUAUCGGAAUCCAAUGAACUCACUUUUAAUAAAGAGGUUAACGUAUAUUUCAAGCUCUUCGUUUAUGAUCAUAUUCGCGACAAUUACUGGAUUAUUCAAGAUACUGAUGAGAAAGUAAGAAGAUUUCAAGGAAUUAAAAGAGAAUGGGGAUUUGACAAACUUGUUUCCGUCACUGAUUUCAAGGAUGACUCCAAUGGAUACUUAACGGAUGACUGUUGCAUUUUUGGUGCCGAGAUUUCAGUUAUAGAAAAUGCUAAUAAAGGCGAGUGCUUGUCCAUGGUGAAGAAGCCUGCGAACAAUAAGUAUACAUGGACAAUUCCCAAAUUUUCAGAAUUUAAUUCAUUAUAUACUCAUUCCGAAAAGUUUGCCAUCGGUGGCACUAAUUGGACAAUAAAGAUUUAUCCAAAAGGGGAUGAAGAAGCGGAAGGCAAAAGCUUAUCCAUUUACUUAGUCCUAAAGGAUGAUGCAACUUUUAAGCAUGGAAGAAAGUUGUAUGCAGAAUACAUGUUGCGAGUAAGAAACCAAUUUGAGGGAGAACAUCUUGAGUUUGAAGGUCAUUCUGAGUUCGAAUCCUGGACAGGAUGGGGUUAUUCAGAUAUUAUGUCCCUCAGUGAUCUAAAUGACACAUCAAAGGGCUUUAUACAUAAAAAUACUUUGAUUGUCGAAGUAGAAAUUCAAGCCAUGACUGUUAUUAAAGGGUUAUCCUCAAUUAAUUAAGUAAUGAAGAUUUCCAACUUUUAUAGUGUCUUUGAAUUUCAGUAAUCUUCGGUAUAGCUAGUUAUUAUGGUACCAUGAAUAAGCAUAAUUAUUCACUUGAUAUUCACCCUUGUUCUGUGUUUAUGUUUCUUAUUGGGAUAUUUGAUCGAGGGCAAUCAAACUACCGUUUUGUUACA